AUGAAAGACGGUUCGGCGAGCGAGUUUGUGGGCAAUGGGGCCGGAAGUGGGCUCAAGUUCCGCGUUGUCGCUGGCCGCAGCAAGGGCCUCUACGACGUUCCGGGGCGUAAAGCCGAGAAGACGUCACUGGUCAACGUGCGGGUGACGACGAUGGACGCGGAACUGGAGUUCGCGAUCCAGCCGAACACGACGGGCAAGCAGUUGUUUGACCAGGUCGUCAAAACGAUUGGCCUCAGGGAAGUCUGGUUCUUUGGGCUCCAGUACACGGAUUCCAAGGGUUACCCGACCUGGUUGAAGCUGACGAAAAAGGUCAGUCCGCAGCACUUGUCUAAAAACUCUAGAUCAUACGUCGACGAUGCAAAGAGCCAAAGGUUUCCUUCGUGGUUCAGGAAGCAUGAACGAUUUGGAUUUGGUGAGGAUUUGAAGCGAAUAUUAGGAACAGAGAAAAAAGCUGCGAGUAGCUUGUGCACCGAAGUGAAAAAGGCAAGAGUAAAUGUUGGCACUCUGAGAGUAGGUCGUCUGUUUGUCAUACUGAACUUAGGGUUAGCUAAAGUGCUGAGCCAAGAUAUCAAGAAGGAAUCGCCGCUGCUGUUCAAAUUCCGCGCCAAAUUCUAUCCCGAAGACGUGGCCGAGGAGAUCAUCCAGGACAUCACUCUGACUGUUCUACCUGCAAGUGAAGAACUCUAUUCUCUCACUGCUCUAAAUAACAGGCGGCCUCUGCAGCCAGGACAACCGCAGAAUGCGGCAAGUGCAGUUCAUGACGCUAAUGUGAGGCCUUCAAGUAUGCGGCCCAAAAGAGUCGUUACUGGCAAACGAAGGGCAGCGCUCAUUCUACCCGCAUUUAAAAAUAUUUUUAUUAACCUUCGCAGAGUUAUGGAUCAACACAAGCUCAGCCGAUCGGAAUGGGAGAACCGGAUCACGAAUUGGUACAAGGAGCAUCGUGGGAUGAUGAGGGAAGAAGCAAUGAUGGAGUAUUUGAAGAUCGCCCAGGACUUGGAAAUGUAUGGAGUGAACUACUUCAGCAUCAAGAACAAGAAAGGUACGGAUCUCUGGCUCGGCGUUGACGCCUUGGGCCUGAACAUCUACGAAAAAGACGACAAGCUUACCCCGAAAAUCGGGUUUCCGUGGUCUGAAAUCCGUAACAUAUCCUUCAAUGACCGCAAGUUUGUCAUCAAGCCGAUCGACAAGAAGGCACCCGACUUCAUCUUUUUCGCACCGAGGCUGAGGAUCAACAAGCGUAUCCUGGCGUUGUGUAUGGGCAACCACGAGUUGUACAUGCGUCGAAGGAAGCCGGACACGAUCGAAGUGCAACAGAUGAAGGCCCAGGCCAGGGAGGAGAAACUGCAGAAGCAGCAGGAGCGCGAGCGAUUGCAGCGGGAAAUCCAGGCCAGGGAAAUGGCCGAGAAGAAACAGCUGGAAUACGAAGAACGCCUUCGAGAGAUGCAGAAAGAAAUCAGUCUCCGUCAAAAAGAAUUGGCCGAGGCCCAGGAGACGAUUAGCAGACUGGAGUCACAGAUGAAGGACUUGCAAACUGCCAAACAGGAGUUGGAGUUGCAGCAGAAUGAAUUGUCUGAAAUGAUGAAGCGUCUCGAAGAAGCCAAGAACUUGGAGGCUGCUGAAAGGUGGAAGUUGGAGGAAGAGAUCCGGCUGAAGCAGGAAGAGGUGAUGAAGAUCCACGAGGAAGUGGAGACCAAGGACCAGGAAACUCGGCGCUUGCAGCAAGAAGUGGAGGAGGCGCGGCGGAAGCAAGAAGAGGCCACGGCCGCCUUGAUUUCGGCGUCAUCCACGCCGCAGCAUCACCACGUGGAGGAGGCGGACGUGCACGAGGGCGACGACGACAUGCCUAAUGGCGGCGACGUGUCCCGCGACCUCCGCAACGACGACCUGGCCAUCCACGACCCCAUUGAGGACCGCAUCACGCUCCAGGAGAAGAAUGAGCGGUUACAGAAUCAGCUCAAGAAACUGAAGAGCGACCUAGAGGAAACACGAGACGAGCAAAAGGAAACGCAAAUGGACCGGCUUCACAAGGAGAACGUGAAAAUGGGUCGCGACAAGUACAAAACCUUGCGCGAGAUCCGCAAGGGAAACACGAAACGCCGCGUCGACCAAUUCGAGAACUUGUAA